AUGAUCACUUCACCGAGCAUAAUCGAAUCUCGUUUAAAUGCAUCAACAAUUCGCUCCGAUCCCGAUACAGAAUCGAAAGUGCGCUCAUCAAUACGCGCAAUCAAUGAAACUAUUCAAUCGAACGCGAAUGAACCAUCAUUAGCUUUUUAUCGAAUUCAAGAACAUGUACGACGAACUUUACCGACGAUGGUUCAAAAACGAAUGGAAUUGGAGAAUUUACACGAGCGGAUGAAUGGAUUGAUAUUUGAUGUAGAAUAUAGUGUCGAUGCAGUGAAAUCACUUGGAACUAGCGAUGAACAUUUCAAUAAUAUUGCGACUUAUUUGGAAAAAUCUGUGUAUAUUAGUAAACAAAUGAAUCUCUUGAAGCAACAGUUAAUUCAACAACAAUUCUUGGAGAAGCAAGGUGAACCAUAG